AUAUAUAUAUAAUCGUAUCCACUCAGAAAUCUAACAUACACGCGCAUUUCAUGUGUCAGUGUGUCAACCACGUGUAUCGUCAUGCAUAAGCAUAAAGGAAAGAAAAACACGAAAAAAAAAGUGGUGUCAUAAUGUAGCUUUCCAUCGAUUUGGCAUAUAUUCCGCUCUAUCGAUAAGCAACAUUCACAUACUAUAUGAGAAAGAUAUGCGCAACGUCAAUUCAAUACCGCUAUCUAUGCACCGCGUAUACACGGAUCAGCUUAGCGUGCUGUUACCUUCUGAAUAUAUUAUGGAAUAGUAAAUUUAAUGACGACUUAACGUUCACGAAGCUUCGUGAUAUAUUUAGUCAUGGAGAACAUUGAUAAACAUUCUGUGAAAAUGAAAAGUUAAUAUUUGAAAGGCAAAAUAUUAAUUUUUUCUUUUAUUAUUUAAAGAUAUAAAAUUCGUUUUUUAUAUAUUUAUUUAAAUUUUUAUAAUUUAGAAAUGUAGGUUAUGUAAGAAUUCAGAAAGAUAAAAUGAAAGAUGGUUAAAUGGUUUAUUAAGGAAAAAAAUUAUUGGGAGAAACGUUCAUUAUUUAAUAUAUUUAAAUGUGGUAACAAUCGAUCCUCCUUCAAAAUGUUGCACCCUCGAGUGUCCAGCUGCUGGUAUCGGAAAUGGGAAGGUGUACCAGUUCGAUGCUGCCUUCAAUCCCGAGGCUACCACCGAGUCAGUCUACGAUAAUGUCGGCUCUGUCAUUGUAGAAGCUGUCUUAGAUGGCUAUAAUGGCACCGUAUUUGCCUAUGGACAAACAGGUUGCGGGAAAUCGCACACGAUGCGAGGAUUCAUCGAACGCACUUUGGAUCACAUCUUUGAGGCAACAUCGACAGCCAGUGCGGAAAUGAGAUAUUUAGCUUUGCUCAGUUAUCUGGAAAUUUACAACGAACGGUUAAGAGAUCUUUUACAAGAUGGGAUGAGCAAUAUGUUGACUUUGAAGGAAGAUCCCAAUCGUGGAACAUACGUAGCUGGUGGUUUAAAAGAAGUUACGGUAAAGGAUGCCGCGGAAUGUGCUCGAUUGGUUGAACAGGGUGAUAGAAGAAGAGCUGCUGCGGCUACUAAAAUGAAUGCAGCCAGUUCUAGAAGUCAUGCUGUACUGACUUUAUCUUUGGAAACAUUAGCUAUUAACGAAGAAGAUAGUAAAGCUGAGAAUACAGUAAAAAGAGGAAGACUUCAUCUGGUGGAUCUAGCUGGAUCUGAAAGACAGGCUAGGACUGGAGCUACUGGGGAUAGAUUGAAAGAAGCAGCUAGUAUUAAUUUAAGUCUAUCUGCUUUAGGAAAUGUGAUCAGUGCUUUGGCUGCUGGUCAUGGAAGACACGUGCCAUAUAGAGAUAGUAAGUUGACAAGGUUAUUAAGGGAUAGCCUCGGUGGAAACGCAAGAACAUUAAUGAUAGCCUGUAUAAGUCCAAGUGAUGUGGAUGCAGAGGAAACAUUGAGUACCUUACGGUAUGCAGCCAGAGCUCGAUGCAUCAAAAAUAAACCUGUAAUCAACGAAGAUCCAAAAGAUGCAUUAUUAAGACAGUAUCAAUUAGAAUUGCAACGUCUGAGGAAAUUACUUGAGAUAGGUGAUCAUGAUUCGUUAAUAAAAGAACCUUUUAUUAAGCAAGAAAUUGACGAUGAAAAAAUGAUCAAGCAAAAAGAAUACGCGGAAGAGGUGGAAAGAUUGAAAAAACAAUGUGAACAUUCGAAUUUAUCUGCUCAAAAACUUCGAGAAGAAUUGAAGGCCUUGAAGAUUUGUAAUGGAACUGGUGCUGUUGAUAACACGAGUUUAAAACUCGUUUCUCAGCAGCCAAUGGACGAACAGGACUUAGAACGCGAGGAAAGGCGAAGGAAGAAACGAGAAGCUGCUAUGCAAGAAGUGCUGAAAAGGUUGGAGAAAUUAACUAUCGGAGGAGAAGAGCAAGGUAAUACGGAAUUGCAAAGGCGAAGGGAGAAAAGGAGAAAAAAACUCGAAACUCUUGCUUCGGCACUCGAAACAAGUGCUCAAGAAGGAAAUGGAUGCGUUUUUCAAGUCUAUGGUCAGCUUAGAUCCACAGAAGAUGCUUUGAAACGUAUGGCAAAACGAGUGAAACAAUUAGAAAUGGAAGCAGGAGAUCUUCAAGCUUCUUGGGAUGCGGAGCGACGCGAUCUUCUACGCAGAGAGCUUCUCAUAUCUCAAAUAUGCGACGCGAUGGUUCCUCAUCUUCGACCCGGAUGUCCAUUUCGAGAUGUCGCAGCUGUCAGAUCUGCGGCUACUUGGUGCGAUGAGUUAAAUCGUUGGAGACUACCGGAUGUAUCGCCGCAUAUUUCCCUUCCUCCAGCAUCGUUAAUGCCUAAAGAUAAUAUACAAUAUAAUAUAUUGCCUUCCAAAUCUGAUCUCAACAAUAAUAAUAAUAAUAGCAAAGACAAUGAGAAUGAAAUUGAAAGUGAAGCUCAUAACGAGGAGAAUAGUGAACAAGAAGAGAUUAAAAAACCGGAUAUCGUUGAUACGUAUUUUCGACGAAAUAGAAUCGACAAAUUGUUAGCUCAUGUCAGGGAAGCAAAAACUUUUGAACUCGGCAACAGAUUGAGUAAAUCAGGCGGUUCUGAAGACAUCAUUCCGCUUGGAGGCAAUCAUCUUCAACUGAAUGCGUUGAAUUUGCAAACUAGCGCGUCAGUGAUAGGUGACUUGAAUGGUUACAGACCUAGCCAACGUCUAUCGACUGGACGAAUGAGUCGACCAGGUUGGAUGUUGGAAGAAAAUUCGACAAAUAAAAUUUCUUUUGUCAACCAGACGAUAAAACGAAAUCCGCCGCGAAUUUUGGAAGCUUUGCCCUUGUAUCCACAAGGUACAAAUGGCGCUUUUAAAAACAAGUCCAUCUCGGAGAGGAUAUCCGAUAAACUUUCGUCGAGAUUCAUUCACAACGAAGUGAAUGAUAAUCAUUCAACAUUAGUUGAACAGGCUCGUUCCCCCAUGUAUUGAAGUUGAAAGUGCAAAAGCGAUGAUAAUUGGGGACAACGGACUAGAAUGAUAUCGUGAGAGACUGUGAUUAAGGAAACAGCGUUUAAAACUUGAAUCAACACAAUGGAAUAAAUGUUCUGCCGGUUUUCGUUCUUGGACAACAUAGAUCGCGUGUGAAUUGCUUUUCGUUAUAAGAAGAUAGCCAUUUAAUGAAUAGCUCUUGACCUCCAAUGUUUCUUAACGCUUAUUUAAUAUUGUUCUGUAGAACUUUAAAAACAUUUUUAAAACAUAGAACUUCAAAAAUUAUUAUCCUGAAUCAAGAUAUGAAAGAUUUAUUUUUUCUUAUUUUUGAAAUAUUACUUUAUUUUGUAUAUAUUCAGAGAUUAAUAGUUGAUCACUAGCGAUAUUAUGUAAUUUUGAUUUAUCUUUUUGUAUGGAAAAAUUUUUUAUUUUAAAUUAAAUAUUAUUGAAAAAUAUAGUUUAAAAAUAAUAAAAGUUAAAAUUUAAAAAAAUAUUAGGGAUAAAGGCAAAAAUUAUGCAUUAAUCAUGUAUAUCUGAUUGAGAUUUGUAAUAUAUUUAAUUAAAUAAAUAUAUAUAUUAAAUUUAGUUAAUCUCUUAUCUAUAUAAAAGUAAAGAAUAUUCUUAUAAUAUAUAUUAUUAUGAAAUGUUUUAAUAUUACAUUUUACAUUAAGAUUAUUAUAAUUCAGAAUAUUUCUGAAAAGAAAAAAUUAUACAAAAAUUGAGUAAUUGAACAAGUGAAAUUGUAUAAAUUCAAAAUUAUAUUUAUAAUAAUCUAAAUAUCUUUAAUGAAAGUACAAAUUCUUACAAAAUUAUCAUUAGUUGGUGACCAAUUUCUAAAAAAAUAUACUACAAUUAUUCAAUUUGUAAAAUAUACACACUUUAUUAUAUAUCCUGAAAAUUAAAAAAUAAUAUUUAUUUUCUAUUUUUAUAUAAAAAAAUGUUCGAUUAUAUUAUACGACUUAAAUUAUAUGCAAUCAUUGAGUUGAAAUCAGUACAUUAGAUGUAAAUAUAUUUUCUACAUUUCUAAAAUCCAGUACUCUAUGAAUCCGUGCGCGAAGUUUAUGCAAUCCAACACACUUUUUAGGGAAAUCUAAUUAUGAAAAAAGAAAAGAGAUAUAACGAAACAGAAUUUCCAAAUCGGAUGAAAUUAACGAUGAGGUAAAAAAGGAGGAACUUUAAAGAUAGUCGCGCAAUGGCGAAAAGCAAUGAUCACGGUUGCCUGACUAUGAUUCGUUGAAAUAUUUUUCGAAUGUUGUUAGUUUGUGUUACACCGAUUUAUCGUUUCACAAUAAAAUUCAUUGCGAAAUGUCCGUCUUUCUCGGGAGAGAAUUCAGAUAUACGAACUGCGGCGUUUCACCUGACACAUGCGCCAUUAAAAAAGUGCCAGAGAAAGGAUCAAUCUCGUAAAAGUGUAUUUACUGACCGAUCCGCAUCAUAGUUGUAUGAAAUUCUUGUAUAUAGAGGAUUGUUUAAUUUUUAUACGAUUAUGAAUAAAAAAAAUGUGAAACAUAAAAAGCAAUUAUAUAAUAGAAUGGAAAUAUAAUUUUUA